AUGGAGCUUCAGAUUCCAAUUCACACAGUUUUCCAAAUGCCCUCUCUUCUCCAAGUUGUGGCUGCCGACACUAUUCUCGCGGUCGUGCAAUCUAUCGCUUUGGCUUGUGUGCAAUAUGAUGUGUUUCAGUGCUUUCUAUAUGUAUGGGUUUCAACUAUAGAUUUGGGAGUUGGGAAAAUGUCAGGACAUUUUGCUACAAUGGAAUGUAUUACAUCAAGAUCCUACCCGUUUUUCGUUCAGUUAAUGAAUGAGAAGAGGAAUCCGAAGCGUCCAAAAUCACUUCCUUACAAGAUGCCUGUGACAGACUCAAAUGAGGCCCAGAAUUUUGAUGAUAACAUUCUUUUCCCCGUUGAAGAGAUUGUACAAUACCCAUUGCCGGGAUAUGUGUCGCCAUCUUCAAUAAGUUUUAGUCCUGAUGAUAGUUUAAUUUCUUACUUGUUUAGUCCUGAUCACUCUUUAAACAGAAAGAUUUAUGCUUUUGAUCUGAAGACCAAUGCACAGGAAUUGUUAUUCAGUCCCCCAGAUGGUGGACUAGAUGAAAGUAACAUUUCUCCAGAAGAAAAGUUGAGGAGGGAGAGGUUGCGGGAGCGUGGUUUAGGCGUGACACGGUAUGAAUGGGUGAAGACAAGCUCAAAAAGGAAAGCAGUCAUGGUGCCAUUGCCUGCUGGGAUUUAUAUUCAGGACCUUUCCCUUUCAAAACCAGAGCUCAAGCUUCCAAGUGUAUCUGGUUCACCCAUUAUUGAUCCACAUCUCUCUCCAGAUGGGUCAAUGCUUGCCUAUGUAAGGGACUGUGAGUUGCAUGUUCUGAAUCUCUUAUCCAAUGAAUCAAAGCAGUUGACUUGUGGGGCAAAGGAAAAUGGUUUGAUUCAUGGGCUUGCAGAGUAUAUAGCCCAGGAGGAGAUGGAUAGAAAAACUGGAUAUUGGUGGUCACUGGACAGUAAAUAUAUUGCUUUCACUGAAGUUGAUUCUUCUGAAAUACCACUUUUUAGAAUUAUGCACCAAGGGAAGAGCUCAGUUGGUUUAGAGGCACAGGAAGACCACCCUUAUCCUUUUGCCGGAGCUUCCAAUGUUAAUGUGCGCCUUGGGGUUGUUUCAGUAGCUGGAAACUCCAUUACAUGGAUGGACCUUCACUGUGGGGGUACGGAACAGCAAAACAACGAGGAGGAAUAUUUGGCAAGAGUCAAUUGGAUGCAUGGAAACAUUCUCACUGCUCAGAUCUUGAACAGACACCACACUAAAAUAAAGAUUGUUAAGUUUGAUAUUAGAACAGGCCAAAAGAAAGAUAUAUUAAUGGAAGAAAACAGCAAUUGGAUCAAUAUACAUGACUGUUUCACACCUCUUGAUAAAGGAGUUACCAAAUUUUCGGGUGGAUUUAUCUGGGCUAGUGAAAAAACAGGAUUUAGACAUCUCUAUCUUCAUGAUGCGAACGGGGUUUGUUUAGGACCCAUCACUGAAGGUGAAUGGAUGGUUGAGCAAAUUGCUGGUGUGAAUGAAGCUACAGGUCUAAUAUAUUUUACUGGGACCUUAGAUGGUCCCUUGGAGUCCAAUUUGUAUUGCGCCAAACUUUUUGUUGAUGGAAAUCAACCACUUCAGAUUCCUGUCAGACUUACACACAGCAAGGGGAAGCACCUUGUGGUCCUUGAUCACCAUAUGCAAAACUUUGUUGAUAUUCAUGAUUCCCUUAGUUCUCCUCCUAGGGUGUUACUGUGCUCAUUGGAAGAUGGAAGUGUAAUCAAGCCUUUAUAUGAGCAGUCAUUUACAGUUCCAAGGUUCAAAAGGCUUCAACUUGAGGCACCGGAGAUUGUUGAAAUACAGGCUAGUGAUGGCACUACAUUGUAUGGAGCUCUAUAUAAGCCUGAUGCUUCAAGGUUUGGACCUCCACCUUACAAAACUAUGAUCAAUGUUUAUGGUGGUCCAAGUGUACAGCUUGUUUGUAACUCUUGGAUUAGUACAGUUGAUCUGAGAGCACAAUAUUUGAGAAACCAAGGCAUCUUAGUUUGGAAGUUAGACAAUAGAGGAACUGCAAGACGAGGGUUGAAAUUCGAAAGCUAUUUAAAACACAAACUUGGUCAAAUUGAUGCUGAUGAUCAGCUAACUGGAGCAGAGUGGCUUGUCAAACAAGGGCUUGCAAAAUUUGGUCACAUUGGGUUGUAUGGUUGGAGCUAUGGCGGUUAUCUCUCUGCAAUGACACUGUCAAGAUAUCCAGAUUUCUUCAAGUGUGCAAUAGCAGGUGCCCCUGUCACAUCAUGGGACGGAUAUGACACAUUUUACACAGAGAAGUACAUGGGUUUGCCAUCUGAAAACAAGUCAGAAUAUGAAAGUGGUUCUGUUAUGAACCAAGUGCACCAGUUGAAAGGGCGGUUGUUGCUUGUGCAUGGCAUGAUUGAUGAGAAUGUGCACUUCAGGCACACUGCAAGGCUUAUCAAUGCACUUGUGGCAGCUGGAAAGCCAUAUGAACUAAUAGUUUUCCCAGAUGAACGCCACAUGCCGCGGCGUCACAGCGAUCGAGUUUACAUGGAAAGGAGGAUGUGGGACUUCAUUCAGAGGAAUCUGUAA